AUGACAGCGACCCCGGAAAAUGUUUCGACCAAGAGCAGGCAGGAAGAUCUAGCUCAGUCGACGCUUCCUCCAACGAAAGGCGCAUUCCCUUUACUGAGUUUUGCAAAAACACUCUGGCUGUUUACUGAAAGCGACUUUGCGACGUUCGUUUUUCCCGACACCGUGUUUGGGAUAUUUGCUGCCCUUUCCGGCCCUUUACUGACUGGCAACGCCUCCCCUGACCUCCUACAAAUACUAAGGAGACUUCCAUACGUUGUGUUGUGGAACUGGCUGAAUCUACUCAUCUUUGAUCUUGCCAAUCAGCGACAUCCAGAGUCCAUUCUUGAAGAUUCGAUCAACAAACCAUGGAGGCCGCUGCCGUCCGGCCGCAUUAGCGUCUCCCAAACUAGACAUUUGCUUUUAAUCGCACUUCCAGUUGUACUAGGUAUAAAUUAUUGCCUGGGAGCUUGGGAGGAAACAAUACUACUAUUCACCUUGACUUGGAUGUACAACGAUCUUGGCGGGGGCGAUGAUGGCUUCAUUGUUCGUAAUAUCAUCAUAGCUGUAGCCUUUUCCCAAUACAAUAAGGGAGCAUUACGCGUUGCCACGGGGGAGAAUGCUGUCUCUCCGGCAGCAUGGUGGUGGCUGGCUGUGACAAGUGGCGUGAUAGGCACGACAAUGCAAGUUCAAGACAUGAAAGAUCAAGAAGGUGACCGCGCGAAGAACAGGCGUACUGCACCAUUAGUUAUCGGCGACGGAGCAGCACGAUGGACAAUAGCGAUUCCUACGGCAAUCUGGUCCUUUGCAUGCCCGAUAUUCUGGAGGCUCAGUUUUCUAGGCUACGUCCUGCCUGUUAGUAUUGGGAUGAUUAUUGUCUUUAGGAUAUUACUAUUGAGAAGCUUCAUUGCCGACAAGCGCACUUGGUGGCUCUGGGCUGCCUGGACUGGAAUCAUUUGGAUGACCCCUCUAUUCAAAGAUUACAGUGUGUUUGUUCGGUUUCUACACAAUUUUCGGAGUUGA